CUUAAACAACCAAAGUUGAUUAAUUUAAGUUGUUGCUUUGAGUUUGAGCGAUGCCUAGCUUUAGAACAAGAAUUUAAGAUUUAGAUUUUCCGAUGCAGCCAGUCGAGAGCUUGUCGGAGAUGGUUUUCGGGUUUCUAGAAGACGGCGAGACUAUGAUUCGGGAGAACUGUAGCAAUGCUGCUGCAAUAUCAUUGCCUGAGAGUGAAACGACAGAGGAAGAAGGUGAUCAAGAAAAGGAAAAAACUAGCGAUGUUGAAUAUAACGCAGGUUUCUGGGAAACGCCACACCAGGCUUUGCAGGCGACUUUAUGCAGAAGUAGCUCUUUAGAGACAAAGAUAAGAAACGCUACAAAAGAAGCUCUGAAGGAGAUACAAAAUGUAGUUGAAAAUAUAUGCGCUUGUGGAAGAUCAGUGGCUGCCGGUGGUUGCCGGAGUUGCUUGAUGAGAGAAGUCUCCUGCCGCCUUAGAAAUCUCGGUUAUAAUAGCGCCAUUUGUAAGUCCAAGUGGAGAAGCUCCCCCGAUAUUCCAUCAGGAGAACACACAUUCAUAGAUGUUAUAGACAAUUCAGUUAGAAAUAAAGGCGAGGUGCGGGUGAUAAUCGAGUUGAAUUUCAGGGCGGAGUUCGAGAUGGCUAGAGCGAGUGAAGAUUACAACCGACUAGUCCGCCUGCUGCCGGAGGUGUUCGUGGGAAAAGUAGAAAGGUUAAACAAUGUGAUAAGGAUAUUAUGCACGGCGGCGAAGAAGUGCAUGAAGGAGAAGAAAAUGCACAUGGGUCCAUGGAGAAAACACAGAUACAUGCAGGCAAAAUGGCUUAGUCCAUGUAAAAGAACCACAACUUCGUCGGUAAUUUCAAUGGAAAAUUCCGGCACAUUGCCGAAGCCUCGAGCCUCCAUGCUCACUGUGGAUUUGCUAGAAAAAUUGCCCAAUAUGCAUUGUACAACAGUUGAGGUUCUGUGACUUGUUGAUGAUCAAGAUUUUGGUUUCAUCGUAAGGCUUUUGAAUUUAUGGUCCAAUUUUCACUAGAAAUGUAUAGAUAUGGAACGGAUUGAAUGCUGUUGGAGUACUGUUGGAAAGUAUUGAAGUUGAGUUCACGGGAGGAUAUUACUGUGUAAAGAUGAAAUGCUGUUUCUGUAAUGUGUCUGUGUCUUGCCCCUAUCUUGUAACAUUUCAAUGCUUUGCUGCACUUUUUUUAUAGUCAAGGGGCAAAAGUGGCAUAUAAGUAUAAAAGAUUAGACUUUAACACAAAUUAAUUAAUUUUGUGUAAUAUAAAUUUUAAUCUUUACACUUAUAAAUUCAAUAUAUUUUCGAUA